AUGGAAAGAGGCAGACCUAAGAGCAUAAGAACUACUAUUUUGCUUGAGAAAUUUGAAAAGAUCGGAAAGAGAGCUAAAGCUUCUCAGCUGAAAAGGAAAAAGCAUGAGAAAUUGCUUAAUUCCCCUAGGGUUAAUUAAUUAUUUUUUUUGAAAAAUUUAUAUAUAAAUUUUAUAGCAAAGUUUUAGGAAAUUAAAAAAAAUUCACAAAAAGUGGAAAGCAACUUAAUUUGUAAAAUUUAUGUUUUAAAGCGCAAGCUCGAGGUUUCAUUAUACUAAUUAUAGCAUAUUGAAAUAUUUUUAAUAGAAAUUUUUGCUAACGAGGCUGGGUUUUUUGGCAAAAAAUAGGGAUUUUUUCAAUGGUUUUGUUCGUUAACAGAUGGGGAGUCAAUAUCUUUUUCAAUAAGUUUUAUAACCUCUUAAGGUCAUUUUUUUACAAUUGCAGUGAUCCGGAAUAUAACCGAGUCAAAGAAUUGGUUGAACCGGAGCUAGCGCAGCUAUUCCUUUCCAGCUAUUGGCCAAAAAAAUUCACCCAUAAAUCAGACAUCAAGCUUUAUGACGAAAAGAUGCUAAAAGCUCAAUUUUCAAUGAUCAGCUGUAAAAAUUUAAUGAAACACUUUCUCUGCUUUUCAAGAGCCCUUCAAGAAUUCGGGGUAAUAUUAUCGGAAAUGGCAGAAGAGAGCCUUGAGUCAUUAUUUAGUUACAGAUGCAUUGAAAAGAGUCAAAAUAGCAAGAAGUUAUGGAAAUGCUUGAUAAUGGAUUUGGCUAGUGCCGGGAAAAACAGCGAAAAGCGAAAAUUGAACUUAGAAAAUAUUUAUCAAUAUUUAAAUCCAGCCCAAAAAACAGAAAAUCACAUGCUAAAUUUAGAAGAAAUAUAUGAACCAUUCCUCAUUACUGAGAAAAGUUUAUAUGAUCAAGAUUUAGUUUCAACCCUUGACUCACUUAAGGAAAGUGAAGAAAGAAUAUUCGAAAUUAAUCUGGACAAUUUUUCUAUUUCAUCAGAAAUAGAGAGUAUUGAAGAAUUGAGACUCGCAGACGAUUUUGAUGAAAAUUUGUAUUUAGCAAAUGAUGAAUAUGUUGAAGAUAUAGAUAAUUUUUAA